AAAGAGUUUUUCAAACUUACACAAUGAUCCAGGCUUUCCUAUCCCUCUUUCUACUCUCUCUCUUUUCCCAAGGAUAUGAAGCUUGGAGUCCCAGGACCAUCAGUGUCUCUAAUGGAGGAAGAUGGGGAAACUGGGGGUCAACUAAUUGGUGUCCCUCAGGUUCUGUGGCCAGAGGAUUUUCUGUUAAGGUAGAGCCGACACAGGGAAGAGGAGACGAUACUGCUUUGAAUGGAAUACGUCUACAUUGUGUUGAUCGCGAAAAUAAUCAGAAACAAAAUACUAUCACUUCUAAAGAGGGGCCGUGGGGAUACUGGUCCUCAACUUUCUGGUGUCUUGAUAGCCAUCUUAUCUCCUUCAGCUUAAGAGUAGAGCCACCCCAAGGAGACGGUGAUGACACAGCAGCUAACAACAUCAGAUUUACAUGUUUAAACAAUCAUAACAUUGAGGGUUCUGGGCAUUCAUGGGGUACUUAUGGACCAUGGAGCUUGAACUGUAAGGACGGUAUUUGUGGCAUCCAGACCAAAGUGGAAGAUUCACAAGGACGUGGAGAUGACACAGCCCUCAAUGAUGUUCAGUUUUACUGCUGUUGAAACUUAUUUGUCUACUGUACUCUUCAUAACAAAUUAUUAAAUACAGUAGAUAUAAAAAAAGAAUAAACAUCCAUAUUAAAAUCCAAA